GCCAUAUUGAACGUGAAAACCCAACCCCUCCCCAUCCCGCCUCCUCUUCCGGGCAGGGUGGGGCACCCUCCACCUUCCUUCUACCUUACCUGGGCUCGCUUCAUACGGGACGCCGUAAUGGCGAAAUAGUUUCACUUUUCCUCGCGGACACCAACUUUACACAAUGAGCCAAGCACCCCGGUCCAAGCCGGGCCACAGGGAGAGAAACGGGGACCACCGACAGCCCCGUGACCCACGUGAUGGUGACCGCUCAUCAGCUGACUGGUCAUCCUCCCGACCACCGUAUUACGACCGCGAUCCGGACCGCCGCCCAGCUCACAGCCAUGAGCGUGACGGACCGCGUGUUGAGCGUAAUGACUCCAAAUGCACACACAUGUGCUCCAGGAGAGGUAUCGUUUUGAUUUGCUCGGUGCUGACCAAUGGCCUGGUCCUGAUCUGCGUGGUUGCUGCGCAGAUGGUGACGUCGGGCUUAUCCUCCAUGGGCGGCCUGGGCGGCAUCAGCAUCAACUCCAACUUCAACCUGCAGGGCACGGAGCUGCAGAAGGUGCGCGAACUAGACAUGCACUACAGCCAGAUGAGAGCGCCGGGCAUCUACGGCGGCAUCGCCUUCAGCCUGACCAUGGGUGUGCUCUCGCUGCUCUUUGUGGUGGCGGGCAACAAGCCGCCCCACCGUCUGUCCCGCAAGCUUCUCUACGGGGCGCUGGCGUUUCAGGGCGUGGGGGCUGUGGCCUAUGUGGUGGCCGUAGCUCUCUACCUGCACUUUGUGAUCGGUGUCAAUGCCACUGACGUUUGCGUGCAGCGCGAGCGGCUGUACGCCCGCAACGGCUACACCUGGAUGAACUGUGACGUUGGCGGAGCCGAUGCAGCCGUGGCUUUGUUUGGACUCAUCACGGCCAUCCUGUACACCGCUGGCACGGUGCUCACCUUCCAAACCAUCCGUUGGGUGAAGAGCUACUUGAAGGAGCAUAAACGGCGCCAUGCGGAGCCAAAGCAACCCAGAUCAAAUCAGCAGAGGACCCCCCUCGGGGCCGAAACCACCGAGGUGUGACAGACCGUUUGGAUUUUGCCUCCUCCUCCAUUUAACAAAGUGAUCGUUUAACAUUUGUGUUGUGGAACUCAGAUCGCUCGUUUGACUUUUUGUAAGUGCAUCAGGAUACCUUGUUUUAUGUCAUCGUGCAGUUUUAGCAUUUUUAACCGUUGUUUUUGAAAUGCACACAUGCUGUGCUUGAUUAAAAAGGAAAACUGAGAAAGGAUCAAA